GUCAAAGUCAAAAAUCAUUUGUUUUUGGUUAGGUUUUAGAUUUAUUUUAAUUAAUUCAAUUCUCUUUUGUAGUAAAGUAAUAUACUUUUAAUAUUGGAAAUUCAAUUAAUUACCUUUUCAUAAGAAAUGGCCACAUCUAAAACAACUAAUACAUACAAUAGACAAAAUUGGGAAGAUGCUGAUUUUCCAAUUCUGUGUCAGACCUGUUUGGGUGAUAAUCCUUACAUUAGAAUGACCAAAGAAAAAUAUGGUAAGGAAUGUAAAAUUUGUUCACGUCCAUUCACAGUUUUCCGUUGGUGUCCAGGAGCUAGAAUGCGUUUCAAGAAAACAGAAGUAUGUCAGACAUGUAGCAAGUUAAAAAAUGUUUGCCAAACAUGUUUAUUAGAUUUAGAAUAUGGUUUGCCUAUUCAAGUAAGGGAUGCAGCCCUCAAGAUGAAAGAUGAUUUACCUAAAAGUGAUGUUAAUAAGGAAUAUUAUAUUCAGAAUAUGGAAAGAGAACUGGCAAGAUCUGAUCCAGAUACAAUUAGUAGCAAGCUUAGUGAACCAAAUGACUUACUGAUGCGUUUGGCACGUACAGCACCUUACUAUAAGCGUAAUCGACCCCAUGUUUGUUCCUUUUGGGUAAAAGGAGAAUGUCGAAGAGGUGAAGAAUGCCCUUAUCGCCAUGAGAAACCUACUGAUCCUGACGAUCCUUUGGCAGACCAGAAUAUAAAAGAUCGUUACUAUGGUGUGAAUGAUCCUGUGGCUGACAAAUUACUUAAAAGAGCAGCAGCUAUGCCAGCUCUUCCUCCACCAGAUGAUCAGACAAUUACAACACUGUAUAUUGGAAAUCUUGGUACAUUAACUGAGCAAGAUAUAAGAGACCAUUUCUAUCAAUAUGGGGAAAUCCGUUCUGUAAGUCUUGUACCAAAACAGCAAUGUGCUUUUGUUCAAUACACCACCAGAGCAGCAGCAGAAACGGCAGCUGAGAAGACGUUCAACAAGCUGAUACUUGGUGGCAGAAGACUCACCAUAAAAUGGGGCCGCUCUCAAGGCCGUACUGGCCCCUCUACAAACGUGCAUGCAGUCGACAAUUACGAACCCGUACCAGGUCUGCCAGGCGCUCUGCCCGAAUUGAGCAACAACUUCUUCAAUUUGGAACCGGGACAUAUUCCGUUGCCGAGCAUGCCGCCCCCGCCGUCUCUAAUGGUGCCGCCGAUGUUCGCUCCGCCCCCCAUUCCGCCGUUUUUCUUUAAUCCACCACAGAUGCCGCAGUUCGCAGGUCCGCCCACAAUUACCAGUACGGCGACUAGCGGUAGCGAAGCUGUGACAAUUCCUAAGCCUCCUGUUCAUUAUCCUAGUCAAGAUCCUUCACGGUUGGGAGCGACGCAGAUUCAGGAAUAAGUAGCUUUAGAUAAAUUUUUUUCGAGUUAUGUGGAAUUAUUUUGUAAACAUAUGAAUAAGUUGAAAUGAUUAAAUAAAAUAUAGACAAUAAAUAAUGACUAAUAAAAUUAGGGAAGAGUGGAUGGAUAAGUUCAGAAAAGUUCUGUUUACCUGGCUAAUACCAUGCUGUGCUGCAAGUUUCAUCCGAAAUACACCUUAAAUUCAAAAUUGCUGUUGUCCCUAAAAUGUUACUUGUGAUAUCAAUGUCCAAUUACUUUCAAAUUUGGAAAGUAAAUUAUUGAUUUUAUUAUUUACAUUUUAUAUUUGACAUUCAGAUAGUAAUAACCUAAAAAAAUCUGAUGUGUCCAACACAUGACUUUCCUGUCUUACCUAAAGUUAUUAUAUGCCUUUUCCGGUUGUUCUGUAAUACCUCUGUAAAUCUUUAGAGAAUGAACUAAAUAAAUAAAUUUUCCACACACCUUACACGAAACAUUUUUUUUUGUAUAUAUUCAUUACCAAAG